AUGGAUCAUCGCGGGAGCACGUCCACUCAGAAGAGCAAAGUCCCCAGGGAUCAUGUCGCGUCCGAAAAACGAACCGAACGCCUUGUGGUCCAGACCAAAGACAAGGCACAAGGCCGAACGAGGAACCCAGUGAGGGAGUCACCCAGCGCAGGGAAUCGUGGAGAGGGCGACAAAUCGCGGUCAAAAAGAGCUAAUACAGCGGGCCCUCUCAGUCCCAAUCUGCGGAAGAAGGAAAAAGAGGCUCCAGAUGCACCAUGGAAUCCGCACGCUUCUUUGAUGCCCUACACCACUGCGCCCCUAGCUAGUCGCGUAUCCGUACCUCCGCUAUCCUCGACACUACCGCAAUCACUUCAACCUACACCCCUACGCGAACUGUCGACCGAUGCGCAGGAGAAGGCGAUCUUGGAGGACCUGCUGUUUGUCUUCAUGGGAUUCGAGGGCCAAUACAUCCAAUAUCAAGCUCAAUAUGACCCGACCACGGAGAAGGACCGAUUGGCUGGACCGGCCUUCCAACUACCGCCCGGGCUUGAUCCUACCCUAAGGGACCUUACAAGGUCCAUGUUGAAGAUGGCUACACAUUACAGUGCCCUAGAGGCAUUCGUGGAACUCCAGAGUCGCGCGGAAUACGGCGCAGUAAGCCAUGCCCUAUGCGCCGCGGUGCGAAAACUCUUAAAAGACUAUUUGAUACUCGUCGCUCAGCUAGAGACGCACCUGCUCAACAAUCCGAAUUUCACUCUCCACCUGCUCCAUCUUCAUACCAUGCCGACCGGCCAAUGUCUAGCUCAGCUGUACUCAUUAGGCCAGGAGCUCCUCCGACGUAACGGUCUUUUGGAUCAGGAUCUUGAUGAGUCAAUUGACGAUUUUGACGACGUUGACAACAUCUUGGAGCAACUUCGAGAAGGAGGAGAUUUGAUCCCUGGAGCGAUGUCUAGCAAGAAGAUAUGUAAAGGAGGCAAUGUACUGCGGCUAUUAACCGAGCGAUUGGCGACCUUCUCCGGCGAUCCGACCACAAAAACGCUUCUAGAAACUCUUCUUCGUGAAUCUAGCAGGCCAUACAUGACAAUGCUCAACGAAUGGCUUCACCACGGAGGGAUCAAAGAUCCGCAUGGAGAAUUUCUCGUCAAGGAGCAGAAAUGGAUCAAGCGAGAGAGGCUCGAGGAGGACUACACGGAUGAGUACUGGGAGAAGCGAUAUACGAUCCGCGAUAACGAAGUGCCGCCACAGCUCGAUAGCGUACGAGAUAAGGUUCUUCUAGCUGGAAAAUACCUGAACGUGGUGCGAGAGUGUGGAGGAGUGGAUGUCAGCAAAGCGGUUAAGGAUGUUCCAAAAACAUUCGAUGACCCUCGCUUCCUGGAAAACGUUAAUGCCGCCUAUACAUAUGCCAACGCCUCUUUACUGAACCUCCUGUUAACAAAGAACUCUCUUACCACUCGCUUCCGUUCCCUGAAACACUACUUCUUCCUUGACCGAUCCGAUUUUUUCUCCUACUUCCUUGAGCUUGGGGCAUCCGAGCUCCGCAAGCCAGCCAAGAGCGUCAACGAAAGCAAACUGCAAUCACUCCUUGAUCUAGUCCUGCGCCAACCGGGCAGUAUUGCCGCGCAAGAUCCGUUCAAGGAAGACGUCAAAGUCCGGAUGAACAAGGUCGGCCUGACCAAAUGGCUCAUGCAGGUUGUCAGUGUCUCUGGUAUCGACCAGGACAACCCAGAAGCCGCCCUGGAGAAAUACCAAGCACCCCAAGCAGGGAGCGACGACGACAAGGAUAUUGUUGGCUUCGACGCCCUGGAACUCGACUACACCGUUCCCUUCCCGCUAUCCCUCGUCAUCAGUCGAAAGACGGUCCUCCGAUAUCAACUCAUCUUCCGGCAUUUGUUGUCUCUCCGCCAUCUCGAAUCCAUGCUCUCGUCCGCCUGGCUGGACCAAAGCAAAGUCCUAGGCUGGCGCCAUAAAUCAUCCGACCGACGGCUGGAGUUGUGGAAGAGGCGCGCUUGGAACCUGCGGUCAAAGAUGCUUGUAUUCGUACAGCAACUACUCUAUUUUUGCACGGCGGAAGUAAUUGAGCCGAACUGGCAGAACCUCAUGGAUCGUGUGAAUGGUACCGAUGCAGACGGGUCGGAAGUAACACACAAUGGUACCAAGCAGGUCAACCGAACAGUCGACGAACUGAUGCAGGACCACGUCGAUUUCCUAGAUACUUGUUUGAAAGAGUGCAUGCUGACGCAGGCGAAACUCCUCAAGAUCCACUCAAAACUCUUGACCUGCUGCACAAUGUUCGCCUCCUGGUCCGCAGCACAACUAGGCCGCGCCCUCGCCACAGCCGACCCAGAGCUAAGCUCAAGCCCCGCCACGUCUGACGGACGGGGCUACGACCCUGCGCGCCUCGGAAAGCUCGAGGACGUAUUGAAGAGAUACGAGGACCAUUUUGGUCGCCAUCUUCGCAUUCUCAUGGAUAGCUUGAAUUACUUCGCCGCAACCGAGAGCGUCGUCUUGCUGAAACUAGCGCAUGCCCUGAGCUCCAUCAGUAAGGAGGACUGA